AACUUGGUCCUUCUCCUCUGAGCUCAUCAUAAGAUGGAGAAUCAGAGGGGUUCUCAGUCCCGUUCCAAGGACUCAGGCGGGCACAGGCAGGACUCUCCUCAUAACCAUCAGGGAGGCAGAAAGAGAAGAGCCCAGCGCUCAUCUCACUCGGAGGGCGGCUUCUUACCAGAGGGGUUCGGACCCGUGUACGGUGCCAGCGGUGAAAUCGUCUGGUUCAACAGCAACAUGUACGAUCAAGCCGAGGGCUACCUUCAGAGCGCGUCGGGUUUGGGGACGAGUCCAAAAGAACCCUCGGCUCAUCGCUCCCUGGUGUUCAGAGCGAAACGCAAACCGGCACAACCCGACAACUCCCAAGAGGAGGGAAACGACAACCAGCCUCACUCCUUCAGCUCCCAGAAACACCAGCGUUCAUCCUCUGAGCCUCAGAAGGGACGCAGAGAGAGGGGUUACUCAGAAACUGAACGCACCCCUUCAAGAAAACGGGACAACAUCAUCAUGAGUGGACUCCAGUGCCUCGCCCAGGAGAAGGUCUGGUUUGACAAAUCUAGAUACGAUGAAGCCGAGCGAUGCUUCUACGAGGGAGCGAACGGCGUCCCUUCAGCACCUCAGGUAAAGGCAGCCCCUCAGCCAGCAAAAGGGCACGCUCGAUCUCAAAAACCUCGCGAGCGUAAGACCAGUCAGAGCGCCAACAAAUCAGAAGGACAAUGUGAGCUGAUCUCACGUGUAAAGAGUCUGGAACUGGACAAUCAGAACCUUCACAAAGUGGUGGAUGACCUGAGGGUCAUGCUGUCCAAAAUGGAGUCCAGAAUGUCCGUACUUGAGAAAAGCCAAAGCCAGGCCUCCAAAUCAUGUCCAGCUUCACAGGCUGCUCCAGCACCAAAACCCAAAGUGGUGGUGAAGGAUGAGGAGGAGGAUGACGACGACAUUGACCUGUUCGGCAGCGAUGAGGAAGAUGAAGAGGCAGAGCGUAUCAAAGCACAGCGAGUGGAGGAGUACGCAGCAAAGAAAUCUAAAAAACCUGCUCUCAUCGCCAAGUCCUCCAUCAUACUCGACGUCAAGCCUUGGGACGACGAGACUGACAUGGCCAAGCUGGAAGAGUGUGUGCGCUCGGUGCAGACGGACGGUUUGCUUUGGGGCGCAUCCAAACUGGUUCCUGUCGGUUACGGCAUCAAGAAACUUCAGAUUAACUGUGUGGUCGAGGACGACAAAGUGGGCGUGGACCUGCUGGAGGAGGAGAUCACCAAGUUCGAGGACUAUGUCCAGAGUGUUGAUGUUGCUGCUUUCAAUAAGAUCUGAGCUCAACAAUCGAACCAUCGACCUCAUUCAGAGAGCUGCCUGCUUUUCUACUGCGGUUACUAAUAAAGUGUAAGCUUCACAAACUGAA